AAUGUCGAAGGCAUCUUAGAGUCCUCCAGUAAACCCUAACCAAUGGUAGCGGCGAUGGGUUCCCUCUCAUCAAAUCCCGUCGGCCGCUCAUGAACUUCCAAUCCAAAAUCAUUAGUCCCUGUUCAUCUUCUCCCAACUCUUGUUUCUUCAUUUCCAAACUUCUCAUGGGUGAAACCCUGAACCGGACUUUCCAUUCGGAUACGCCGCAAUACAGCGACGAUGUCCUCUGCUCCGGCAACGACCUACAACAAGAGCAAGAAUCUUCUUUGUCUGACACGUCGUCUUUUAUCUUGGGGUCGCCGAGUCGAUACCUGAGGAGGGGCCGUGUAGAGAGAGCAUGGGCCCAUUGGGCUAAACUAGGUCGGCCCAAGUUGAUCGUUGCCCCGAUGGUUGACAAUUCGGAGCUCCCGUUUCGGAUGCUCUGUAGAAAGUACGGUGCUGAGGCUGCGUAUACGCCCAUGCUGCAUUCACGGAUUUUUAAUGAGACCGAAAAAUAUAGAACUCAAGAAUUCACUACUUGUAAGGAGGAUCGCCCAUUGUUUGUUCAAUUUUGUGCCAAUGAUCCAGACACAUUAUUAGAUGCUGCACGGCGAGUGGAACCUUUUUGUGAUUAUGUUGACAUUAAUUUAGGCUGUCCUCAGCGUAUUGCUAGGCGAGGUAAUUAUGGAGCUUUCCUAAUGGACAACCUUCCUCUGGUAAAGUCACUAGUAGAAAAAUUGGCUCAGAACCUUCAUGUCCCUGUGUCAUGCAAGAUUCGAGUAUUUCCUAAUUUACAAUAUACUAUCAAUUAUGCUAAGAUGCUUGAGGAUGCUGGGUGCUCUCUGUUAGCUGUCCAUGGUCGAACAAGGGAUGAGAAAGAUGGUAAGAAAAUCAGAGCUGACUGGAAUGCCAUAAAGGCGGUUAAAAAUGCGGUUAGAAUCCCUGUCCUUGCAAAUGGAAAUGUACGACACAUGGAUGAUGUGCAAAAUUGUUUGCAAGAGACUGGUUGUGAUGGGGUGCUUUCAGCUGAGUCUCUACUUGAGAAUCCAGCCCUUUUUGCUGGAUUUCGAACUGCUGAAUGGACGGUGGAGUGUGAAGGAAACCAUAAAGAUGGAAAUCUUGAUCAAGCAGAACUAUUGGUGGAGUACUUGGAGCUUUGUGAAAGGUACCCAGUUCCUUGGAGGAUGAUCCGUUCUCAUGUGCACAAAUUGUUGGGGGAAUGGUUCAGGAUUCAGCCCAGCGUCAGAGAGGAUCUAGAUGCCCAACCCAUACUGACCUUUGAAUUUCUUUAUGGGCUCAUAGAUCAACUGAGAGAGUUAGGUGUAAGAAUUCCACUUUAUCAGAAGGAUACUCGUGUCCAAAAAAUUUUAGCAGAUAAUUUGGCCUCCUGAACACACUGUGCAAGUAGUAAAACAAGUUGCAGGUGCCUGCAGUCUUUGUUUUUGGCAAAGGUCACAGUGGGUUUGUUGCUAACUUUGGGAUUCUUUUGGCUCAUUACUUUUCUUUUUUAAAUUACAAUUGUCAACGUGAUUUGAUUAUACUAACUGACAUAUUGGGAAGACAGAAGAAUGAGCAAAGAAGGCUUUGCAUGGUUGUACUUGAUUUGUUAUAUUAGUUUGAUAUUGUUGUAUUAUUAUUAUUAUUAAGGUACAUAUGUAUCAAUUUUGAAGGUAAUAAUUCUUGUAUUAAUACUUUGUUUCAUUAACAAUGACUUUAAACACAGGUACAAAUAUUUUAUCUCUGUGUCAUUAUAUAA